AUGUCCUACUAUCCAGGCGGCAGACACGGUGCCGAUCUGUACAGACCUCAGGAUUCUCGUGGAUAUAACCAGAAUGGUGGCGGAAACAAUUCUUCAAGAGGCCGCUUCCAACAGCACGAGAAUCGUGGAUCUCACUAUAGACCCAACCAGGGAAGGGGAGGCUAUCUGAGCUACCAAGGAGGUCAAGGCCGUCAAGGUCGUUAUCAACAGCCUCGACAGGGAGGAAGUCAUCUGGUAUACUCACAAGGUCAGCCUGAUACGCAAUUGUGGAUGGGAGAUUUAGAUCCUUCGUGGACUGAAGAUGCCAUUAUAUCGUUGUGGAAUCAGGUAGGCGAGUCCCCAACGAAUGUCAAGAUCAUGAGAGAUAAAACCGGCAAGCCACUGUACUGCUUCGUGACCUUUGCAAGCCCAAAGGAAGUAGCUAGUGCUAUCUUGAAGAAUAUGACGCUGGUACCGGGAACUAACCGUCACUUCAAGCUCAAUUACGCAUCUGGAGGGGGACGUUCUGACCAGUACGGUUCACAGCAGCGUUCUGGGCCAGGACAAAGACACAAUGUUUACGCUCAAAACGAGUGGUCCUUAUUUGUGGGUGAUUUGGCGAAUGAGGUGACUGACCCAAUGCUUUUCAACCACUUUAACAAGGAAUUCCCCGGAGCUGUGCACCAGGUGAAGGUCAUUACAGAUUUUCAGACCAAAGCUAGUAAAGGAUUUGGCUUUGUGAGGUUCAACAACGAAGAGAGCCAACAGAAGGCAUUACAGUCGAUGAAUGGGUCAAUGUUGGCUGGCAGAGCUCUACGAGUAGGACAGGCCUCUAAAAACGAUACUAGCGACUACAAAAAGACAGCUCAAGAGACUGGCGUGCCCGACGCUGUCAAGUUGAAUCAAUACCACCCACCUUUGGGACCAUCAACAGACCCGAACAAUACGGUCAUCAAGAUCAAGGGCAUUACAACUGCAAUUACAAGAGAUGAGCUACUCGGCCAUUUUCUACCUUUUGGUAGUAUAAUAUUCUGCAAGGUUAAUUACAGGGAAGGCGUUGCACACAUCAAGUACUUGAACAGGCGGGAAGCCGAAAUGGCAAUGCUAUACAUGUACGGCUUCAUCAUCAAUAAUUGCCGAGUAGCCCUCCGAUGGGGUCGUGAAGAGAGGGCUGAGACAGGGAAACUUAAUUUCAAGCCAGGCGAAAAGACCGAGAAGUACACUGCUGCUAAAAAGACUCCCAUGUAUACUGGCGAUUUUGAUAAGAAUGUGGUGUUCGAGGAUUUGAGCAAAAAGGAGCUCGAGGGCUUGCAACCGAACUAG